CCUUAUUACUUGGUGCGUCUUGGAAACAUUCGUAUAAUGUUGAUUCUCAGACACGUCGCAGUUAACAUGUAAUAUUCGCUAAUAUGAUAUGCAGAAUAUCGGUUCGAAAGAUAGUUUGUGUAACCGUACAGAGGAAACGAUUGCCACUUGCGUAAACUCUCAAUGCCGAAUUAACAACGAAGAAGCAUCGGAUCUACGUCAGCAGGUGUCGAAUCUGCAAGAAACAGUCUCGUCUCUAGAGAAUACCAUACAACUGAAGGAUGUACAGCUGCAGAAUUUGCGACGCGACAACGAACGAUUGUCGGCCGAGUUGAAGAAGCAACAGAGAUGCGUCAGGAACAUCAAACGUAACAAGGCUUGCACAGCGGACUUCGACAAGCUUAUUGUAACCCUUGAAUCUACCGAAUUAAUUUUAGAGCAGUUGGCCGACGAAAGGCUGUUCUACCAAAGGGAGAAGGAUCAUUUCAACGACGAGCUGCAGCGGCAGAAAAUUAGGUCUGCCGGCGGGGCGACGAGGCUGUGCAAACAGAGAACAGAUUUCGAGGAUGCACGGAGAUCCUUGGAGAAGGAGAACGAGUCCCUUAGGGAGGAGCUGUGCGAGAAAACGAGAACGACGUACAAUUUGUGCAUAAAGUUCCUGCGAAUGAAAUACGCGAAAGACUCGUUGAGGCAGAAAUUGGAUCAAUUGUUGAAAGAGCAUCUGCAGGUGAUGUCGGAUAUGAUGGAGAAGUUGGACGAAGGGCGGGGAGAGCUGAACAUUAUCGUGUCGGACAAGUUCCAAGAGGCUUUGCCUUUGAGCAAAGCAAAAUUUCUGCAGGUGGUGCAAAGAAACGCCCGAUUGGUUCAUGAAAACGCAACGCUAAGGAUGCAGAUAGAGCAUCUCACGACGAACAUAGAGGAACUGAAGAGUGGCAUGCAGAAGCCUAAAUUAAUUAACGUCGAUGCUAAAAUUAUUGCCAAAUUGGCCAAUCGAAAUUCAGCGAAAUGUGGCAAGGAGACAGCAAAAUGGCCGCCGUCUCAGUAAAUCUAUCGCCGGCUUUCCACCUUUUAUGCCGUGAUAAGAAUUCAUUUCAUCUUUUUAAGGUCUUCGAAUCGCCAGGAUAUCAUCGAUUCUUGCGGAGACGGUAAAUUGGUAUCGAAAAUACGUUCGAUCCAUGCGGACAAACCCAAGGAUACCGGACACGUCGAAAUUCAAACCGACGAAACGAAAAACUGCCGGAGGGAACGUGUACGCAGUGUUCCAGAAAUUGUUCACACGAAAGCUGAACGAAAAUCGUCGUCGUUCUUUCAGACCGAUCGUUCGAGCCAUUUGCGUGACGCCUCCACGAACACAUAAUAGACUAUAAGCAUUGAAAUUAUUUUGUACAAAUGUAAAUGUUACAGAUAUUCUUUUGUACUUGAUAUUUUUGUCGAACUAGAAGACGCACGUGUAUCGACUAUAUAUGCGUAGAGAUUACUACGCAGGUGUGUUAUAAGAAUAGAUUUGAUAUCCUAUGUAUGCUUGUGACCGAAUUGCUUAGGUAAGCUACGUUAUCCGUGUCCAUUGAAAUUUGGAAAAUAUACAUAGGCGUACCAAGUACAAAGUGGAAGAGAUUUCAUUUUUCAGCGACUUAUUUCCGCAAUACCAGCAUUAGCGCGGAUAUUUCGUGCUAUUUCCUCGGUAAGGUGUAACGUGAAUACAAAUAUAUUUAAUUAUAUACA